AUGUGUAGCUUUCAUGGAACCCACGAGAAAGCUCGAUUGUCGGAGUUGUUUGAUUUUUUUCUUCCAAUUUUGGAAAUUCUGACGAAAAUCGAUUCUUCGAGCUCAGAAUUCUUACGAUUUACCAGAGACCCAAACACAAAAAAAGAAAUGGGAGCCAAAGUAGAAUCCAAGACAUAUUUCCCAAGUUCAAUGAUAGAUCUCAACAAUGGUUUUCAUAAUGAUAUUUGGAAUCCAUAUCACGAUGAUAAAACUCACAAGAUCUCUGGUCCCACAAACAGUCAACAUUAUAACUACUUUCUAACAACACAAACCAUAGAUGGAUACGCUAAAGAACAGAUUAGGCAAACUAUCUUGAAGCAUGAAUCAAUCUUCAAACAUCAGCUCCAAGAACUUCAUCGCCUGUACAAAAGACAGCAAGAUUUGAUGAAUCUAACGAAAGAAACACGUAUUUUUUCCUCAAGUUUUCCUCAUUUGAGCUCAACUUUUAGACCUUUCAAUUCUAUAAAUGGGAAAAGUCUCGUUGUUCCUGAAAGACGAGUGAUUGACUUACAACUGUCUGCUGAUGAGCAAGAAAUAGGAAUUUUUCAAAAUUUGACCCAAAAAAAACCGUUUAAUAUGGCCGAUUUAAACAAACCGAUUAUUGAUUGCACUUCAUCUGCCAAAAAAACGUUAUUUGGUGUCGAAAUCAACUCGGUUCAUCAAAACCAUUGGCUCGGGUCCUUCGAUUCAGGCAAUUCAAGAUUGAUGACAAAUUCAGAGUGGCAAAACCGUAAUAAACAUGAACAAUCCCUCCCCCUUUGGAUGACCAAAGGAAAAGAAUCAACCGUUCAUCAUAUCAACUUGAAUUCAUUACAGAAUCAUUCUCACCAGUUCUUCAACAAAGCUGACGUGGCAUCAGAUGAUCACGAAACACGCGAAUUCAAGAAAGUAAAACUCGAUGAUUCCCGGACAAUUACCAUGAUUCUUGGUGUCCCGAUUAUUGACACGAAACUUGAAUCGAAUGUAAAACAUGAUAUUGAUUUAAACAUGUCUCUUGAUGAAGAAGAUGCUCCACCUCCGGCGCCGGAAACACCACCUUCGCCCGAAGCUCCGGGACAUAAUUCGCCGGAAAACCCUUCCGCCAUGGAUUCCGAUCUGGAGCUUGUGAACAUCGCAGCAGAAGCUAUUAUCUCAAUUUCAACUUUUCAUCCGCCUGAAAAUCCUGAAAAACCGGUAGAAAGUUUGCUGUGGUUUGUAGAUGUGAUUACGAACGAUUUGGAAUUGGAGAAAAGUUUUGUUGAAAAGAGUGAGGAAAUGGAUUACUUCGAGUACAUGACAUUACAACUUCAAGAUUCGAAAGAAAAUCAUGAUGAUUUCUAUAAACCGGUGAUCAUGGAAGACAAAAAAGAAGAGGAAAACAAUAGUUUGUCGCUAAAAAGAACACCUCGAAAAGGACAAGGAAAAAGGGGGAAACAAAAGAAAGAUUUUCAGAAAGAUAUUUUACCAAAUAUUGUUUCUUUAUCGAGGCGUGAAGUUACAGAAGAUCUUCAGAUAUUUGAAGACGCGUUUUCUGGGACAGGUGUUUUUUGGCAAUCGAGUUUAUCGAAAAGGAAAGGCGGUGGUAGGAGUGGAAGAGGAAGGCGGCGGUCGGUGGCGGCAGAACCCUUGUGCCGCCCACAGCCGCCACCGGAGCAGUGUAGGGAGUUGGCAUUGGAGAAGAGUCUUGGUGGGUGGGGGAGGAGGACGCGGCGGUUGCCGAGGCAACGGUGUUCAAAUGGUGGUAGUCAUUAUCGGUCUCUUGCUUUGAAAUGUUGAGUAGUGGAUCCCCUUUUGUUGUAGUGUUAUUGUUGUAGAUAAUUAUGUGGAACUUUUUAUAUUGUGUCUACUCUACUACAAUUGAUUAAACUUAUCACAAAGUUAUUUUGUUUUGUGUAUUUGGAAGAUAAAUGUCGUUUAGAGUAAUUGGUUUCCUAUACGAUGAUUUAUAUGUGAAAUUCAG